AGUAGUUUGCUGGUGAAAGCCUUGAGUCGUAUUGCAAGUAUGGAGAGUGUCUGCUCAGGACAGCCUGUCCCCCCCAAAGAAGCCCUCCAGACUUUGGCCGAUGCGUCUGGAGGAGAUGUGAGAAGCGCAGUGAAUGCCCUUCAGUUUCGCUGCGAAGAAAGAUGUUUACCAUAUUCAAGACUUGUUUGCUGGAGGGUCUGAUAAGGGAAAAUCGAAAGCUUCUUCUAAGACGCAAAGAAAGGCGAAGGGGAGCAAAACUUCAUCAUCCAAAGCAGGCGAUGGCGACUCUGAAAAUCUCAUAGCAGUAGGAGGGAAAGAUGCUUCACUUUUUCUCUUCAGAGCCUUAGGGAAAGUUCUGUAUUGUAAACGUAACCAAGAAGGUGCAGUAGACCCUCUGCCUAAGCACCUGAAGUCAGAAGAACGGUUACCAUUGCAAGAAAACCCUGAGAGUAUUUACGACAAAACUUCAAUGGGAGCAACAAGUUUUAGCCUCUUCCUGCACCAGAAUUGCUCAGCCUUCUAUUCCAGUAUAGAUAACUUAGGGAAAGCAUUGCAGCAUCUAACAGAUUCAGAUAUUCUCUCUGCGGAGUGGACAGGGAAAAACAUUCUGGAAGAUUAUGCUGCAUCUGUAACUGUGCGAGGUUUGAUGCAUGCAAACCAUGCAGAACAGACGGGCAGUAGAUGGAGGCCGCUGACAAGACCAGUGUGGUACAGUGUCGCAAAGAAAAGCCAAGAGCACAUGUCAGUGUUAAGAGCUGAACACCGAAUGGCCUCGUUCAAUUCUGAGGAGCUUACAACUGUGGUUGUCCCAUUGCAAGCAAAGAUCUUUUCUGCCACCAGGAGAGGACAAUUUUCCUUGACAAGGGAAAUCGGCUCCUUCUCAAAUAUCCAGAUGAAAAAUUCCUCAGGUGAUCAGUUAGACGAGCAUGAUGCUAAUUCAUCGGUCGUAGAUGAGGAGCCAGAGCAAACAGGAGGAACGGUGAAUGAUGAUACAGAGAACAAAGAUGCCGAAGUUGAUCUGUUAGAAAACCAAGAGGCCAGUGAUCCUGAUGAAGACUUCAGAAUUGACGAAUUUGACGAUGAUUGAAACCUCUAAGAAAAAGGCUUGAAUAUAUUGUAAUUGUAAUAAAAUUAAUUUCUGGUAAUGUUUUUAUUAUUAUUCAUUUUUUUUCCGCUUAGCUUUCUGAUGCAAGUUUUGCAAUAAUGUCCUUUAAUAGUUAUAUGUAUGUUCUCUUAUUUUUACAUAUGUAUUAGGCUCUGUAUAGCAGAAAUAAGUUGUCAGAAAAUAAUCAUUACACCUGGGAUUUAUUGAUCACUGUUUUAC